CUCGCCGCCCACCACCACCCGUCCGUUCCAUUCCAAUCCCCUCGCCCCCCUCCCUUCCUUCCCCAAUCCAACCCUACCGCAGCCGUCCGGCUCAAUCUCCCCCCGCGGAGCCCGACGCCCCGGCACCGCAAUGGAGGCGGCCCUGAAGAGGUACUUCGGGUACACGGGGUUCCGGCCGUACCAACGGGAGAUCGUGGAUACGAUCUUGCAAGGGCGGGACUGCCUGGUCGUCAUGGCCACCGGCAGCGGCAAGUCCAUGUGCUAUCAAAUCCCUCCACUGGUUGCAAAGAAGACAGCUGUUGUUGUCAGCCCUCUUCUGUCACUGAUGCAAGAUCAGGUCAUGAGUUUAAAACAACAUGGUGUGAGAUCUGAGUAUCUUGGCAGCACCCAAAUGAAUAGCUCUGUUAGCAGUGAGGCUGAAAAAGGCAUGUAUGAUGUUCUCUACAUGACCCCUGAGAAAGCUAUUGCACUUCCUUCAAGGUUCUGGAGUAACUUGCAAGCUUCCGGAAUCUGCUUGUUCGCCAUUGAUGAAGCGCAUUGCAUAUCGGAAUGGGGUCAUGAUUUCAGGCCGGAGUACAAGCAGCUGCAUUUAUUGCGUGAGCACCUUUUGGGUGUUCCCUUCGUUGCUCUAACUGCGACAGCCACAGAAAGGGUCCGUGGAGAUAUUGCCAAUUCCUUGAACCUGAGCAAUCCUCACGUUGCAAUCGGAUCAUUUGAUCGUCCUAACCUUUUCUACGGUGUGAAAUCAUACAACCGAUCUAUGUCCUUUAUCAGUGAACUUGUGAAAGAUGUCUCAAAGAACUGCACUGUUGGUGGCUCAACAAUCAUUUACUGUACCACCAUCCGGGAUACUGAACAGGUACAUGAAGCAAUGAUCACUGCUGGAAUCAAAGCUAACAUUUACCAUGGUAAAAUGGGUAGCAAAGCUAGAGAGGAAUCCCAUAGAUCAUUUGUUAGAGAUGAAGUACUUGUGAUGGUGGCAACUAUUGCAUUUGGAAUGGGAAUUGAUAAGCCAGAUGUUAGAUGUGUAAUACACUAUGGAUGUCCUAAGAGCCUAGAAUCGUACUACCAGGAAAGUGGGCGUUGUGGAAGAGAUGGACUGCCUUCAGUGUGCUGGCUAUAUUACCAAAGAAGUGAUUUUGCAAAAGCUGACUUCUAUUGUUCUGAAGCAACAAAUGCAACUCAAAGGAAUGCCAUCAUGGAUUCCUUCAUGGCAGCACAGAAAUAUUGCCUCCUUGCUACGUGUCGCAGAAAAUCCCUGCUGCAGUACUUUGGUGAAGAGCGUUACACCGACUGUGGUAACUGUGAUAAUUGCACAGGGACAAAAAAUGAGAGGGAUUUGUCAAAAGAAUCUUUCUUAUUGCUGUCCUGUGUCAAGUCGUGUGGGGGACGCUGGGGCCUUAAUAUGCCAGUUGAUGUUCUCCGUGGAUCACGAGUUAAAAAGAUACUUGAGAAGAACUACGAUAAACUUCCAAUGCAUGCGAUGGGAAAAGACUAUCCGCCAAACUGGUGGAAAGCACUUGGCAGUCUGCUUAUGGCACAUGGUUACUUAAAGGAGACUGUCAGUGAUGGAUUUAGAUUGGUCAGUGUUAGUCCAAAAGGGGUCAAGUUUCUCUCCGAUGGUGGAACGCCACUGGUUUUGCAGCUGACUGAAGAGAUGAUUGGGCAAGAGGAGCAGGGUAGUUCACAGAAUAAAGAAGGGGGCUUAAAUCCUUUAACCACCGCAGAAUCUGAAAAGAUAUCUGAGGAGGAAUUGAAACUCUACCAAAUGCUCUUGAACGUCAGGAUGAAACUUGCUCAGGAUAUUGGAACUGCACCAUAUGCUAUAUGUGGUGAUCAGACCCUAAGACACUUUGCAAAGAUUAGGCCUUCUACUGGAGCCAGACUGGCCAAUAUUGAUGGUGUAAACCAGCACUUCAUCUCGCGCUACAGUGGCACUUUUGUCCAAAAUAUCGCACAAUUCUCAAAACAGUUGAAUCUUUCAUUGGAUGAUUCAGCAGGAGUAGAGGAUAUGAUGUCAGUUCCAAAACCUGUAAACAACAGUCUUCCAAGAAACUUGGGUGAUGCCAAAUUUACUUCAUGGGAACUGUGGCAGAAACAGGAAUACUCGUUCAAGAAAAUUGCACAUUUUCGCAGAGCAGUGCCGAUAAAAGAGCAGACGGUUAUUUCAUACAUACUUGAUGCUGCUCGGGAUGGAUGUGAGAUGAACUGGAAUAGGUUUUUUGAGGAGACAGGACUGACCCCUGAGAUAGCUUCACAGAUCCGUCUUGCCAUUGCAAAGGUUGGAUCACGUGAGAGGUUGAAGCCAAUAAAAGAAGAGCUUCCAGAAAAUGUAACAUACGAAAUGAUCAAGAUAUUCUUCGCAGCUGAUGAUCUUGGAGCGUUAGAGAAGACUUUUGGCAACGGUCCUACUGACGAGUCUCCUGCCCAAACAGCCGAGUCGGCAAAACCCUGUUCCCAUGGCAGCGAAGCUCUGGAGAAGGGUGAUCAGGGAAACCCCGUCAUCAUAUCAGGCACCUGCGAUUCAAGCCCUUCGACAAAGAGAUCCCAGACCGACGGAACUCCGCUCUCUGCCGAUGAGCCAGUAAUGAAGCUGCAAAAGAUAGAGGAGCAAGGGACCGAACCUACCACCACAAAUGUUGCAACCGAGGACGCUAUACUUGAGCUGGCCGCGAGCCGCAACGGGGUUUCUUUGGAGGACGCCGUCAAGCACUUCAGCGGGUCGAAACGGGAAUCCGUCGUCGAGAUGCUGGAGAGCCUCCGGUGCAGCUUCGCGGUGUACAUGAAGAACGGCUGCUACUUGGUUCUGUGACCAGCGAAAGGGAAAGAAGGAUGGCGCCAUUUGCUGCUCUUGGCUUGUUCGUGGCGUGGGUGUUGGUUAUGGCUUUUGGGCUCUGGGACCUUGACGGCGCUCUGCAUCCCAGUUCCCAUAUUUUGAGGGCUUGCCUUGCCAUGGAAAUGCUCUUUGGUUGUGUAUAUACGUAGGUACUCAAGGAAGUGAGCGUAGCUGAGUAGUAGAAUGGACAAUUUCAUCACUAGUCUGGUUCGACCCUUUCUAGACUCGCUCAUAUGCGAGUUCCUAUUUAUCGGUAUCUUUUCCUGCAAA